UGUGCCUCAGUGACGUGUCUGCGGCGUCCUCAGAAGCUGCUGCAGCACGUGGAGGAGCGGAUGGUCGGCAGUUUGUCUCAUCGCUGCUCCGUCAGCGUCCUCAGGGACAUCAGAGACGCUCAGAGACACAUGAUCGACAGCGUCCGUCCCCUGCUGUCUGCGCCCGUCCAGGAGCAGCUGUCCGCUCCCUCGUCCUCCUUCGACCUGACCUACGACCUCGGCCUCGUCGCCCUCUGCGCCGACUUCCGAGAAAACAUCGAGUUCCAGUUUUCUCUGGGCUGGACCGCCCUCGUCACCCGCUUCAUCGGCGCCGCCAACGCCAAGCGAGCGCUGAGCGGCUCCGACCCGCGACUGCAGGAGAGCUCCACCUAUAAGGAUGAGAUGGUGGUUUCCAUAGCGACAGGUCUGGUCUCCGUCACGUCCCGGGCGUCCAUGACGGUGCUGGUGAUCGGUGGAGUG